UCCUAUAGUACCGGGGGAGGGGCGGGAGCGUGUAUUGACGCGUUUCCUAAACUCUGCCGUGUGUACAGUGUAUAAGGGCAGGAUCCGAGUGCACACUCCACAGCUGCUCCUCCUGACUGCUCCUCCGCCCCGCACAUCACACAUUGUGGAUUACUGGAUAGAGCUGCCGGAAUCCUGGAAUACGUCCUAUGUCUCCUGACGCGGUGAUGCCCGGAUGGCACUGCGCCUCUCAGGGGGCAUCCUGGCACAGGGGCACCUAAAGGGCUGACACCUGCUUGUCUUCUCUGCUCCUGAAACCUGUGAUGAAGGUCGGAUCCCUUGGUGAUGCUCCUUAGCCCAGGUCCCAUAAGGGUUUGGGAUGACAAGUGAGAUUAUGAAGGAUUCCACUGGGGACAAGAAGUGACAGGUGGGCACAGCCGGUACCCCCCACUCUCAGGACAUAUAAGCCUCCUUGUCAUUGCUGCAGCUGACUGGACAUUUCUCCCAAGAAGUUACAAGACAGGAGUUGACUCUUGCAACUCCCUCCUUUCCCAGCCACAGAUGCCUGAACCUGUCUCCUUAUGUGUUAUGAACCAGUAGUGGAAAUGAGCAUAAAUCCGGCUUACAUAGCUCUGGAGGUGAUCAUUGCUGUCCUGUCCAUUGUAGGGAACGUGUUGGUCUGCUGGGCAGUGGCCAUUAACAGCACCUUGAAAAAUGCCACCAACUAUUUCCUGGUGUCCCUGGCAGUGGCUGAUAUAGCAGUGGGUCUGCUUGCCAUCCCCUUUGCCAUCACCAUCAGCAUUGGCUUACAGACUGAUUUCCAUAGUUGCUUGUUCCUUGCCUGCUUUGUGCUGGUGCUGACCCAAAGCUCCAUAUUCAGCCUGCUGGCUGUGGCUAUAGACAGGUACCUGGCCAUCAAGAUCCCUCUCAGGUACAAGAGUUUGGUGACUGGAAAAAGGGCAAGAGCCAUAAUCGCAGGUUUUUGGAUCCUCUCAUUCGGUAUAGGAUUGACCCCACUAAUGGGUUGGAAUUGCUUGGAAGCAGACUGUGGUGGAGGAGAUAGAAUUUCAAGGCAGAACGGCACUGUCUCGUGUUUAUUUGAAAAAGUGGUCACGAUGUCUUACAUGGUGUACUUUAACUUUUUUGGUUGUGUUCUCCUUCCUCUGUUGUUCAUGCUGGGAAUAUACAUCAAGAUCUUCAUGGUUGCCCGCAAGCAACUCAGACAAAUCGAACUUAAGUGUGUGGGUGCAGACAACUCAAGGACCACUCUCCAAAAAGAAGUGAAUGCCGCCAAGUCUUUGUCCAUUAUUGUGGGCCUGUUUGCUUUUUGCUGGCUUCCCAUCCACAUACUGAACUGCAUCACACUUUUUGACCCCAAGUUUCAGAAGGAAAAACCAGAGUGGGCUAUGAACUUGGCUAUCAUCUUAUCUCAUGCCAACUCUGUGGUGAACCCUAUCAUAUAUGCCUACAAAAUAAGAGACUUUCGCUACACCUUCCGCAAGAUUAUUUCAAAGUACCUUGUCUGCAAAAAAGACAACUUUUCUAAGUGUCCUAAAGGCAGCAUAGCUAACUCCAGGCACUUGCAAAUCAGUACUGUAAGUGCGGCCAAUGCUUUUAUGUGACCCUUUAGACAAACUAUUAAACUCAACCCACAUGGAUAAAGACCCAUGUGUUAUUGGGUAGGUUACAAGAACAUGUACUGUAAAUCUGUUGCUGGGACCAUUAAGGAUAUGAGAAUUGACCACUUUGCUGCUGCACUUUGUUCAUUUGAGAUGUUCACCAUUAGUUUUUUAACUAUAAGGUAUUGCUGAAGGUUCCCCCUAAAUCCUCUGCACUGACAACAUUUCUGCUGGCGAUAAGCUGUUCAAUGCGUGUAGUUAAAGGAACAAUUAUAUGAGGGAUGUGCACAUAAUCCUCAAAACGAAUAUUUCCCCUUAGAGUAAGCAACCAAAGCCAUGUUUAGUUACAGUGGACGGGAAGCUUCGAACCUGUAGAAGAAUGUACAUUAGUUUGUUUUUAAAGCACAUUAUUUAUACAACCUUUUAUACGUCGGUUGGAUGUAGAGUAAAUUUUUAUUCUUUUGUAGAUUUUUUAUUUCUGAAAUGUUAUUUUUUUUAGAUCUUACAUACAGUUCAAAUUAUUUAAUGUUCUUGCUUGUCAGUCUGUGUUUUUAGUACUUGUCCGAAUGAAGGCGCAUAAGGUGAUCGUAUCAUAAGCUGAUGGAUGCUAAUAGGUCCCAACCUGGAAUACUUAACCCUAACUACAAAAAUUUUAAGGUGACCUUUAUUACAAAUUACAUAUGGCCAUAAACUUUAUAGCAAAAUAAACACAUUAAACUAGUCCUGUAUUGUAAUCCAAAGGUGUGAGACACAAGUUGCCUAUAUGUAUCCCAGGAGGCAUCAGUUUCUCCAUCCCCAUCAUUCUCCUUCCCCUUCUUCUAAUCAGGGUCAGACUAGUUCACAAGAAUACUACAGGGCCCAGGCUCUAACACAUUAAUUACAGGGCCCAGGCUCUAACACAUUAAUGGAUCCAUCAAAAUAUAACCCCUUAAAAUGUCGGCCUUGGGGAAAUGACUUGCCAUGUCUUAUGGAAUAAUUCACAAAUAGCAUAUUAGACCUUAUAGAUUAUAUGGCUUACAAAUAAAAGAAGAAAAUCUAGUCCCAAGAUGGUUCUAGCACAUACAAAACAAUACAAAUAGGAAAACAGGCAGAGCUUAGUUCUUCUGCUGGAAUUUUGUCUUCAAUGGAGACCAGGGAAUCUAAACCAUACCCUAAAGCUAAACACUGCCUCUCGCCAAGCCAAAGUUUGGGUGGGACAUCAGGAGGAACGGAAUGAGACCUAUUUGUUUCUAAAAGACUGUUUCUGGAAUGUUUUAUAUCCUUGGACAUAAAGAAUAGAAAGACACAGCUGCAUUUUUGCAAAAACAGCCCCACUAUUGCCAUAGGUUGAGUGCAAUAAUGAAGCCUAACCCUAUUCAAGGGAGCCGAGUUGCUAUACUACCCACAACCCAUUGACAAGUGGGGAACUGUUUUUGGAAGAAAGCAGCCAUGUUUUUCUUCUUUUAUACAACCUUACGUUAUGUUCACAUUACAACUAGGUUUCACUGGUGAUAAAGUCAUGCACGGUUGUUGACCACAAAACUCCCUUUCGUGCCAGUGUCCAGUGUUUGAGAAAUAGCAGGUCUUGAAGUCCUCAGUGGGGGUUAACAGUAAUGUCAUUUAUGUGAACUAACUAUUGCAGACACUUUCUGAUUUUCUUACUAAUGACUGGAUCUUAAAAGCACUUAGAGUAAUUCACCAACUAUGUCCUGCAUUGCUCUUUGCAAGGUUAAAUUGGAAAACAGAUGCAGUGCACCCUUGUCCCUGAAGGCUGAUCUCACAUUGGAACCAAAAGAAAAGGUCAUUGCUUAUUCAAGGUCCAGGGGGCAAAGCACAAAACCUAAGGAUCCCAAAUGAAUUGCUGGAGUGGUUGUAAAUAGAUAUAUAUAUUUAUAUAUUUGUACUAUUUUUGUGAUUGCAGAAGGAAAACAAAAAGCAGUCACAUGGUUUAAAACCAUUGUGUGAUGGGUCUAAUGGAAGGCUCUUACUGUGUUACAGACAAUCUGAAGUUCACUUUCACGGUGAAGGGCUACACAUUACUGUGAUCAGGUUUAUUUAGACAGUUAUCAAUGAUAUACAAUAUAAAUAAAAUGGAGAAGACUGCACUGCAGGAGAAUACAUACAUCUAUAGUGUAUAUCUGUAUUUUCUAUGUAUAUUUUGUAUUUCUAUUUUGAUACAUGAGGUCCUUGCCACCAACCUAUGUACAAAUGUUUUGUCUCUGGACAUGUUACUGCUGGCAACUUUGAAUAGUGGAGCUAGCCACACACGAGAUAUCGGUCAGGGGAAGGCUCAUUUCUGCAGGCUCCACCAUAACCAUCUCUUCGGACAAGUGUUCCUGUUUAUUUUGAUGAGGAAAGAUAAAUAAGCCACUACCAUAGGACAAAGGGCAUUUUGGCCAAUAUGCCAAUGUACAAAAUUGUCAGCAAGUUUGGCAAACUUAUAUCUUAAGCUAGCCAUACUAAUUAAAGGGGUAUUCCAGGAAAACUUUUUUUUAUAUAUCAACUGGCUCCAGAAAGUUAAACAGAUCUGUAAAUUAAUUCUAUUUAAAAAUCUUAAUCCUUGCAGUACUUUUGAAGUUAAGGUUGUUCUUUUCUGUCUAAAUUCUUUCUGAUGACACCUGUCUCGGGAAACACCCAGUUUAGAAGCAAAUCCCCAUAGCAAACCUCUUCUAAA